UUGGAGGGUUUAAUUGCAUUGUUGUCGAGUGAGGGUUUUGUGAUUUAAGAUUGUGUACGGACGGCUAACACCUGGAUAUUGUUAACUUUGUCACGUCUGCAAACUAUACAAAUAAAAGCUUGAGUAUAAAACCUACGGGAGGUGAGGUAAUUUAGAGGGGGGUAACUGUUAACUGAAAACCAGCGACUGCACGACCGGUCGCCCAGGUAGACGCAUUCGGCGGUCGUCUAGGUAAACAAAUAUGCCCGAUCGGCUUGCACGGAGCUUUUCACCGCUCGGCCGCUACGUAAACGACCGGACAAAGAACGGCGAACAAAACGCCACGGUAUAGCCAUUGCAAAUCCUAUCCUUGUCGAGGCUUUACUAAUGGCAUGAGUGGGCCGUGGAACUAGUUUGGAGUGGUUGAGGAUUUUCUAGGCUCUUUUGUAGUAGUUUUUAGGGAGUGAGGAGUUGCUAUGGCGGUGGAGUCAGGUAGGAGGAAUAGUAUGGGACCGAGUAUUAUCAAACUGACGAGUAGGCAGUCGCUACAUCGUAGUGUGCCGCCGAUCAACCAAGAAGGGGAGUACAAACUCUACGGGUCACAGAUCCCAGCGCCCCGCCACGUCAAGACCGCACCGGCGCCGACACGAUCCUUCGACGGCAUCCUGCGAACCAGGCCCCGAGAGAGGACCGUGCCGACCAUCGUUGACUUCGACUCGUCGGCGUUUCAACCGUGGGAGGGGAGAGGGCCGUCUCGGGGAGUCAUGGGCUUUUUCCCGCCUGUGAAACUCAGACGGUCCGCUGGUAGCGAGAGAAGUGAAGGGAUUCCACAAACUCCAGUACCGGCCAGCACAGAAAUGGAGCUAGCUCCCACGACCGGUGACGAAGAACCUCCUCCGAAAACCCCCGCAAACAUCAAUCUCAGCCAACAACAGCAACAGCAACAACCACUAAACCCCCAUACGGAGCCUCCUCCUACAGCAAGAGCCACAGUAACCUCCCAUGGGACCCGCAGAGGAAAACGCCCUGUGAAGCGCUCCGAUACUGAACCAAUGGACGUAGAUAACACGUUACCGGUUGCACUAGGCCUUCCCAUGACACACGUGUACCGCAGGGAUACGCCUUGGGUCUACUGCUACAAAGUCAAACAACGGAGGAACAGAUUCUACAAACUCUUGGCCAGCAAAUCUGCUUCAGAUACAGACAGAAUGAAAGAUUUCAGGACUUGAUGAUAUUGUUUAGUGAAGAUACACAGUUUUACAUUUUGUUUGUGUGUAUAUAUGUUUGUACAUAUAUUUUUGUAAUUUUUCAUAAUUGUCUUCUAAAUAAAAAAAUCGUCUUCCUUGAGAAAGAUGGAAUCAAAUUUUGUACAUAUUAUGAUAAUGAAUGAUAGACAAUGAAAAUGAAAAAUAUAUUUUACUUGUUGACCGUCGUUGGUUACUGUUCGGCGAAGACUUCUCUGUUGCACAUGUAAUACGUGUUUGGUGAAAUCUUUGGUGAAGAGUGCAGUGGACAAUAAAAUAUCUCGUUUAUA